AUGCCUCUUCAGGCUGAUGAAGAGAUGGGCAAGAAAGAUGACGACCAUCGACCAUCCGAUCAAGCACGCUUCCUACCUCUGCGGCACCGAGCAAUGCCCCGACCUCGCCGAAUAUUGUUUGCUAUCAUUGCACUUAUCCUCGUCUACGAGUUCUUCAAGCACAUGCCGACAGACCUAGGACCUGUCACAGAUCGGUACGACUCUGCGGCUGCGAAGCUACGAGAAGAAAGCCUUGCCAGAUGGGCUGGCUCAGGCAAUCCAGCUGCUGUUCCCAAGCCAGGCAAUGCACUACUGGACAAUUUGCCGCCAGUCAAGGUGUCGGAAUCGGACCGAAAGGAGGAAGCUUACGAUGGGAUGAUCAAAUUCUAUGAGUUGGCCCACUCUCUUCCUCGCUAUAAAUAUUCGCAGAAAACCACGAGCCGUGCAGUUUUGUUUGCAGCCUCAAGUCUCCGCAGUGUGUCAGAUCUUCUGCCCUUAGCUUGUCGGAUGGCUAGUCAGCGGCUGAACUAUGUGCAUUUCACCUUGAUGGGCAAGGAGGAAGUCUCGAUUGACGGAAUCAAGGAAGUCAACAGAAUCAGAGAUAGUGAAUGCCCGAUGACAUGGCACGAUGCUCGGCCGGACUAUGCACCCAAAUCUACCGAUGACCGUAUGAAGCGGUCUGUGAUAGGGGGGUUGCAAAACAUAAAAGCCUACAUCAGCCCCGAGCUCAUCAUUACACAAGGUCGGGACUGGGAGGAUUCCUUUUUCUGGGACGGGGUUGAGGUCUUUUCUCGAGAACGUGACGUCCCUCACGUUGCUCUUUCCUCUGAUUCAAGGAAUCUUAUGUGGAUAGCUUCACUGGAUAGCCAAGCUCUUCGAUCGUGGAAUAAUAUACAAAUCGAAAUGGUGGUGCAUGCAGCCUCCGAGUCUUCUGGGUCUUUGAUCAGGCUUAUUAAGUCAUUGGAUGCAGCCGACUAUUUAGGAUCGGCUCCAAGCUUGACAAUAGAACUACCCCAGCGGGUAGAUUUACAGUUGCUUCGGUUUCUCCAACAUUUGGACGGGCUGACCCAGCUUCCUGGCCGAAUCACUAUUCGGCGGCGCAUUCAACCCCAUGGCAUGGACACAGAAGAAUCAUCGCUUCGAACCGUGGAGUCGUUCUAUCCGCGGGAUCCUGAGAUGACACAUUUGCUUCUGCUAUCUCCACAGACCGAGCUCGCACCAUCGUUCUACCACUACCUGAAGUUUGCUGUACUGAAUUACAAACAGUCUUCUCGCGCCAAGCGCCUUUUUUCCAAUAUGAUCGGCAUCUCACUUGAACUGCCAUCAUUCAAACCCACGGUCGAUAGUCAAUCUUUCACCCCGCCACCCAUGACCGUUGAAGGCAAAGAACAGUUUCUUCCCUCGUUCCUCUGGCAGGCCCCCAAUAGUAAUGCAGCUUUGUAUUUUGGUGAUGCAUGGGCGGAAUUCCAUUCGUUCAUGGCUAACCGCCUGUCGACUCCGCAAUCCACAGCGGCCUCCCAACCAAAGAUUAUAUCGGAGAAAUAUCCGGCCUUUAUGGAAUACAUGCUCGAGAUGAUCCGCGCCAAAGGAUACUACCUGUUAUAUCCAUCAUUCCCAGGAAUAAAAUCUUCUUCGAUUGCUACAGUACACAACGAGCUAUAUCAGCCCCCAGAAGAAUUUGCGGACAACAGUCCCGCAACCUCGGAUGAAGAAGCUACUCAAGACAUUCACGAUCCUGCUCAGCCGCUUACAGGGGGCUCUCUCGCCGGCUUAGGCUCCAUUGAAAAACCACUGAACCGUGCAUCAACUAUAAUGCCACUUCUCGACUUGUUUUCUUCGGGUCUUCCCGAUCUUGAUGCUUUGCCUCUGCUUUCAUACAACGGAGAGGGCUCAACGGCUGCGGCAUACACCAAACAGACGGAAGAAUAUGCCAAGCAGUUCCGAAAUCUUUACGGAGGAUGCCCCAGAGAUAGCAAGAUUGAUGACGUCUCGACAGACCUAUUAUUUUGCAUAUAA